GAGUGCGUCGACAUGCUGCGUAAGCUCAUGGCCUCGGCCGCCGUGGCCGGCCUGCUCGUGGCCGGCCCGGCCGCGGCCGAAGAGGUUUCCGAGAUCAACUUCGGCAUCAUUUCCACCGAGUCCUCCCAGGCGCUGAAGUCCAGCUUCGAUCCCUUCCUGGAGGACAUGUCCGAGUAUCUCGGCAUGCCGGUGAAGCCCUUCUUCGCCAGCGACUACGCCGGCGUCAUCGAGGGCAUGCGCUUCGACAAGGUCGACGUUGCCUGGUUCGGCAACAAGUCNNUCGCCCAGACCAUCAAGGACGACGGCUCCGAGGGCUACUACUCGCUGCUGCUGGCCCAUGUGGACAGCGACAUCGACAGCCUCGACGACGUGCUGAAGUGCGACGGCAGCCUCGACUUCGGCAUGGGCGACCCCAACUCCACCUCGGGCUUCCUGGUGCCCAGCUACUAUGUCUUCGCGCUGAACGGCGUCGACCCGAAGGAGUGCUUCUCCACGGUGCGCAACGCCAACCACGAGACCAACGCCAUGGCGGUGGCCAACCAGCAGGUCGACGUGGCCACCAACAACACCGAGUCGCUUUACGCCCGCCUGGCCAAGUCGCAGCCCGAGGCCGCGGCGAAGGUCAAGGAGAUCUGGCGCUCGCCGCUGAUCCCCUCCGACCCGAUCGUCUGGCGCGCCAACCUGCCGGAGGCGGUGAAGCAGAAGGUCUACUUCUUCUUCAUGACCUACGGCCGCUUCGGCGACAUGGAGAAGGUCCAGCGCGAGCGCGAGGUGCUGACCAACCUGUCCGACGGGUGGGGCCCCUUCCUGGCCUCCUCCAACGCCCAGCUCAUCCCGAUCCGUCAGCUCGAGCUGUUCCGCAGCAAGGUGCGGAUCGAGAACGACGAGACCAUGAGCGCCGAGGAGAAGGCGGAGGAGAUCGCCGAGAUCGACGCCCAGCUCGCCGAGCUCGGCGAGUGGGAGCAGGUGGUGGCGCCGAAGGAUGCGAUGUCGACCAUCGCCGGACAGCAGACCCCGGUUUCCGGACGGGCGGGUGCCCAGCGGCUCGAGGAGAUGCAGGUCGAGCUGCCCAGGCGCGACACCAGGCGCUCCCUGGUCAACAUGAUGAUCUGGGGCCUGGCCGUCGCGGUGCUCUGGUGGGGCUGGAACGGGGCCGAAAUGAACCCCUAUGCCCUGAUCGAGUACGGCGCCAACAUGGCCGAGUUCGCCGGCGCCUUCGCCGAGCCGGACUUCCGGCAGUGGCGGCUGUUCCUGGACGAGAUGGUGGUGACCAUCCAGAUCGCCAUCUGGGGCACGCUGCUGGCCGUGGUCUUCGCGGUGCCCUUCGGCAUUCUCUCGUCGGAGAACCUGGUGCCCUGGUGGGUCUACCACCCGGUGCGCCGCGUCAUGGACGCCUUCCGCGCGAUCAACGAGAUGGUGUUCGCCAUGCUCUUCGUGGUCGCCGUCGGCCUCGGCCCCUUCGCCGGCGUGCUGGCGCUCUUCGUGCACACCACCGGCGUGCUGGCCAAGCUCUUCUCGGAGGCGGUGGAGGCGAUCGACCCGCGCCCGGUCGAGGGCAUCCGCGCGACCGGCGCGCACCCGGUGCAGGAGGUGGUCUUCGGCGUCAUCCCCCAGGUGCUGCCGCUGUGGAUCAGCUACGCCCUCUACCGUUUCGAAUCCAACGUCCGCUCGGCGACGGUGCUGGGGCUGGUCGGCGCCGGCGGCAUCGGCCAGGUGCUCUGGGAGUACAUCCGCGGCUUCUACUACAGCGAAACCGCGGCGGUGAUGAUCGUCAUCAUCGUCACCGUCUCGCUUCUCGACGUCUUCAGCCAGUUCGUGCGCAAACGCUUCACCUGA